AUGAUAAUGCAAAAUUUUUUCGUCGAUUUUAAAGAGUUGGCGGAAGGUUUGUACCUAUCAACAUCGUAUUCAUCGUAUUUUUUGAAAUUAUCCGGAUUUCUUAUGGGAAGAAAACCCUUUUUAAAAAUGAUGGAAUUAUUAAAAGAUCCCAUUUUCGCUUCGUAUCCAAAAGAAAUCGAGUUCCAUUUGGAAAAAACAACCAAGCUCACCGUUUUUUUAACAAAGCUUUACAUAAUGAUCUGUACUUGCGUCGUCUUGUCUAGCGCAUCGAUUUUUUUUGUUGAUGGCACAUUGCCGAUGCCAGUGCCGAUUAAUUUCGGAAAAUACUUGGUUUUAGCUUAUAUAGUUGAAAUGACCGCUAUGGUUAUUGCGGUUUGGAACAAUUUGUGUUUAGAUACUUUAUGUGCUUCUUUAAUGGGAUUAGCGGCUGGGCAAUUGGACAUAUUAAAAAAUAAAAUCGAAAUUUGUAAUGAGAUUGCUCUCAAGAAAAUUGAAAUUUUUGAAAACGACGAUAAUGACGAUAUUUUAAUGGUUGUACAAGAAGAGGUGAUUAGAUUGCUAAAAAAUUGUAUUCAGCAUCAUUCGAAAAUUAUUUUGUACGUUAAUUUAAUAGAGAAGGUGUUUUCUUUUAGUAUUUUAAUCCAGUUAAUGGGGAGUAUUAUUGUUAUUUGUAACACGGGAUUUUUUUUAUUAAUAAUAACUCCUUUUUCUGCUCAAUUCUUUAUGUUGGUUGUUUAUUUUAUUACUAUGAUGAGCCAAUUAAGCUUGUACUGCUGGUUCGGAAAUGAAAUUAUCAUCAAGAGUGUGGAAAUUGGAGGUGCUUGCUAUUUAUCUAAAUGGUACAUGUGCGAUAAUCGAGUUCGUAAAUUAUUAUUUAUUACUAUGGAACGUUCAAAAAGACCUCUUGAAAUCACUGCUUGUAAAUUUACUAAUUUAUCUUUGAUAACGUUUUCUACGAUAAUACGCUGGUCCUAUUCUUAUUUCACACUGCUACAAAGAUUAGCUGCAAAAAUGAAUUUAUUGUAA